AACGAAGCGGGAGCCAUGCCCGUCCCCGCCGCAUACCUCGGCGAAUCCCCCGCCGCGGCCUUCGCAUCCUCGGCCUCGCUUGUCCCGCCGCCGCCGAUAAACACGCGGCAGCCUGGCGUCGUCACCUCGCUGCUGUACAGCGGCUCCAGGUUCCGGGGCCACCAGAAGAGCAAAGGGAACUCGUACGACGUGGAGGUCGUGUUACAGCAUGUCACCAUGGAGGAUUCCUACCUGUGUGGCUACCUGAAGAUAAAGGGACUGACUGAGGAAUACCCGACUCUGACCACAUUCUUUGCCGGAGAGAUCAUCAGCAGGAAACGGCCAUUUCUCACCAGGAAAUGGGAUGCAGAUGAAGAUGUGGAUCGUAAGCAUUGGGGCAAGUUCCAGGCCUUCUACCAGUAUGCAAAGACCUUCAACUCAGACGAUUUUAACUAUGAGGAUCUAAAGAACUCUGACUUUAUUUUCAUGAGGUGGAAGGAGCAGUUCCUGGUCCCAGACCAUACUAUCAAAGACAUCAGCGGCGCUUCCUUUGCUGGAUUCUACUACAUCUGCUUCCAGAAAUCCACAGCAACGAUCGAGGGUUACUACUACCACAGGAGCUCUGAAUGGUACCAGUCUCUAAACCUCACCCAUGUUCCAGAGCACAGUGCAGCCAUCUAUGAGUUCCGGUGACCCCGGCCAACAUCGUGGAUCUUUAAUUUUUUUAUUUUUAUUAUUGGACGGACAAAGACUUGGGGCUAAAGCACAGUUAUGCAGAUGCUACUGUGGAGGAAAAGGAGAACAACCAAGGUCGAGAACGUGAGCUUUGGCAAAGUGCUCGUGUGUUCUCACUCAACGGAUGGACAGCUGACCGAUCAGUGGACGGGACAAAUGAAUGUAUGCACAGAUGAGAUGAGAAGGAGGAGCCAGUUCUGCUCACUGGCUGGAGCUUGUGACGUCGGAACCAGCAGCAGAGACUGGGUGUGGGUCAUAUCAAACAGCCAUUCUAUCACGUGUUUUAAUGUCUGGUUUUAAAAGACGCUUUGCCAAGCAUCUCAAGACACUUUCUAAGCUGAGCUGGGAAUGUCUCCCUCUUUCUGUUGAAACUAGAAAUGUUUCCCAGCUUUCAUCCAGCAGAUGCAGAACGAGCUACAUAAACACGUUCGGCGACAGCAGGACAAGGACUCCUCGGAAGAGUCCGCUUUUAUAAACACAAUCCCUCAAGAAGUACAAUCACGUCAAUUUUGCUUUUCAAGAUUAUAGCUCUUCCCGUUUGAGGAAUCAGAGCUUUAAUUGAACCAUAAGCUACAGUAAAAUAACAGUAUUCUUUUUUUAACGCUAAGCUGGUAUUAGUUUGCCUGCCCAGAGUAUGGCUGCAGCGUGGCACCUUUUUUUAAAGGCUGAAGUGUGAGUGAUACACAAAACAAGCUUUUCCCCUGUGUUUCGUCAAACCUUCUUGUGAGAUUAUUAUCACGUGAUUGCUGUGGAUCUGAAUCUAUUGAGAAUUUGCACAAAGGUGGAGUACGCGUUACCAACGCCUGCAGUCGGAAUUCUACAUUCGCAUUCCUCAGUACACAAGCUCCGAGCGUCACGGUGGCAGGUCAAGCUUUGACUUUGACUGUUUUUAAAGUGUUUUGAGCCAAAACAACGACAUAGAAGUAUUCAGAAAGAAAGUAUUUUAUUUAGCCCUGCGCUCUGAAUUAAACACAGAGCUUUUUACCUCCCUAUGUGUCAUUUUAAAUUAAGACCCACCCCCCCACUAUCCCUACAUUUACACGUCUCCUCGACUAUGCAACACUGUCAACAUAGCACUCUCCAAACAUCAAACCUCCGGAUUUCAGAGACAAAAAGUUUAUUCUAUCGUUAAAGAGUAUAUGAAAAAUUACAAAAAAAAGAAUCUAUCUUCAUUAAAAGAGGUAUUUUUGUUAAAUUGCCUAUGAAAUCACCCUCCUCCCCGGUCAUGAUCCCCCUCCAUGUGAUGGUGCCAUCUUUUUAAACGUUUAUCAGAGUUGUAUUAUAACAGGUCAGAAGUGUGUUUGAGAACAAGCCUGGAUUUGAUUGAUGUGUGACUGUAAAGAAUCGAUUGCAGAUUUGAAAAACAGAAAAAACAAUUGGUUUCAAAAACUUU